CUCACAUGGUGAUUCCGUCAUAGAUGAGCAAUGCUACGAAGACACUUUUAACGGCCAUGUCUCAAAGCCAUAUAACGGGACAGAACGGACUACAGAGAAGUAUUAUUAUUACUAUUUAUCGCUUGGGUUCCUAGUGGAACAUAAGGCUUCAGUAGCACAUCUCCGUUCCACUCUGUUCUCUGCAAUCUUUCCAACCUGGCUCCAUGACUGCCCAGAAGUUCUCAUUUCUCCCUUCCACGAUCUCCAUGUCACCCUCGGACGCCUAAGCAGAGAAGUAUACUCGUUCUUUAUUAGUUAGUCGGAUAUCUCACCAGUCGGCACCCCAAAUGAGGCAUGUUGGCAAAUGCCGAAUAGGCCGUCUAUAUCCGAGUUGGGAUUUCGUCAGCAACCAGCCCGUUAGAGCUGAUGCAACUUUCCAAGUAAGUGAAGUGGUCGCCACACCACCACUUCACUCCCCUAUCAUAAAGCUGAGAGUAGUUGCAGACCAGUCCAGAAGCAUCAUCUCACAUUUAACAGGUGAGAAACCCAUGCCAAACACAGUCAGAUUUCUGCUCAAGGCGUCCGGAAGACUCUGCAUUCUGUCAGCGUCUUCACAUAGCGGGACAAUGUCUUCUGCAUACUCCAAGUCAGCCAGAUGACCUUCAUGGAGUAGAUCAAUCCCUGUGAAGUCAGAGGUACCUAAGGUUAUAUACAUUAGUAUGUAUA